AUGAUGAAAAGCAUGAUGGACAUUGACAAGGUUUUCUUCUAUUCAGAGGACUCAAGGCAGGCUGUCAGUGUUUCCACACGCUUCAAUGUCACCAAAGAUGAAUUCUUUGAGUGGAUGGAUUAUCUAAGACACUCAUGUCAUCCGCUAGAGGAAUUUAUCAAUUCAUGGCCUCAAAAGACUGCACUUUGUAGAGAGGCUGCACGGAAGUAUUGCAAGGAGAUAAGAGUAUUGGUUCUAAGGUUUCUGGCUGCAAUUUCUGAAGCUCUUGGACAAGAUUCUGAUUAUUUGAAUGCAAUAUUUGGAAAGCAUAGCCAGUCAAUGCACAUAAAUUACUAUCCUGCAUGCCCAAAUCCAGAUCUUACCUUUGGUGCAGCACCUCAUUCGGAUAUAGGUGGCAUUAUUAUUUUGAUGCAAGGAGGUGCGAGUGGUCUGGAAGUGCUAAAAGAUGGGAAAUGGUUUGUAGUAGAACCAAUACCCAAUGCCUUUAUGGUGAAUGUGGCUGAUCAAAUUGAGGUUUAUAGUACCAUAAAUAUUAUUCACUGUAUACAGACUUCCCCUGUUCCAAAAAUGUUCUGGGAGGACUGA